UUUGCAGCAGCUCAAUACAGUCAUACGACGUUGUUGCCACAUUACAUUUUGCUUCCCCUUACUUCUCAGACUACUCUGAAACGCCGUCAUCAAUCAAGCUACAAUCAUGGGUUUCGGAGCCCUAAGAUCCAUCAUCCGACCCGUUUCGAGAGCACUCUUAUCGACCCGAGCGUCAUCCGCUUUACCUCAGUUCAACUGUCCGGCGACCAUCAUUUCUCCGUCGCCGGAGCUCCGUCAUUUAUUCAACAAUCUCCGCCCUAAACUUCCAUGGAUUCCACCGUCCAGUGCUUUCCACAGCUUAACUGACACUCGCUUCCCAAAGCGAAGACCUAGUCUCAAGUCUCGCCGGAAAAGAGCUAGCUUGAAACCGCCAGGUCCAUAUGCGUGGGUCAAAUAUGUGCCUGGUGAGCCUAUAAGUCCAAACAAUCCCAAUGAAGGAAGUGUCAAGCGAAGGAAUGAGAAGAAGAGAAUUGGGCAGCGAAAGGCGUUUAUUUUGGCUGAGAAGAAGAAGCGCAAAGCUCAAUUGCAGGAGGCCCAUCGGAAAAAAAUGAAUAAGAGAGUAGAGCGUAAAAUGGCUGCAGUUGCAAGGGAUAGAGCAUGGGCAGAAAGACUGGCAGAACUGAAGAAGCUCGAGGAAGAGAAGGCAGCAAUGGCUUGAUGGUUAUUGAGCAGAGUUUCGAUCUGUUGAUUUUUCUCUCUUGUUUUUGAGAGUGAAAAAUAGUUAAUCCCUUAUUUAAUAGGCACAAUUUCCUUCACACAAUUUUUACUGCUGUCAUGUUUUCUUGAGGUUAAUUUCUACCUGUCUUUGUUUUGUUAUCUUGCCUUAGUCUUGUUUAAGCAGAACGUGUGUCCUAUCUCCAAAGUAUACCCGUAUGUUUGCCUAGGCAUCUUGAAUAAUUUUGGGAGGAAGAUUAGACGUAGAGAAAUGAGAAAUCUAUAUUCUGAACAUGUGAUUUCGAUAUAAAAUUUUACUUAGAGAGAUUGUGUGGUU